AUGGAUGUUGAUGACGACGAGACAGAGGACAAACCAAUUUUGUUAGAGGAGCACAAGGCAAAUGCAGUGAAAAUAACCUCGAGGCAGGCAACAAGUGAGAUCUCCGAGAUCUUUGGAACGGCACCACCAAAGAAAACCAUCCAUGCCAUUGUUCAGCGGCCAUCAGCAGCAUUAACCCAAGGGAUAUAUUCUGGAGAACGUGAGGAAGGCCCCGACUCUUUUGUUGUUAUAUCCAAAAACCGUCGUCAGGGCAUUGCCCAAUACAUAUUGGACCGAGGAGUCACUCUUCUUCGUAGCCCACCGUAUUCUGCUGCAGCAGGCAUCACUGGCCUUGAACCCUCAGCGACGAUCCUUCCAAAGACUACAAUGAGUCUAUGGUGUGCUUAUCGGAAUAAGGCUGAAAUCGGGCCUAGGUCUAUUUGCUUGGGUUACAAGCCGUCGGGUCCUCUGCCGGCCCUUACACCGACCCUCCACCGAACCCUUGAACCCUUGCUACUCCUUGAGGAAAGAUCACUGUGGGGAUUCUAG